AUGCCUGCCACUCACUUCAAGCUCAAUUCUGGUGCCUCAAUCCCCUCGGUCGGUCUGGGUACCUGGCAAUCGCCUAAGGGUGAGGUGCGUGAUGCUGUCUGCCAUGCCCUCAAGUCCGGCUACCGUCACAUUGACUGCGCAUGGGGCUACCAGAACGAGGACGAGGUCGGUGAGGGUAUCAAGCUUUCCGGUGUUCCGCGUGAGGAAAUCUGGAUUACCUCCAAGCUCUUCGAAUUCCACCACAACCAUGUCCGCCAAGCUGUCCAGGACACACUCGACAAGCUCGAUGUCAAGUACCUCGACCUGUACCUCAUGCACUGGAACAUUGCUUUCGUCCCCGAGGAUGUCCCCGCUGGCCAGCUCCCCCGCGACUCCAAGAAGGACCCCGCUACGGGCAAGCACCUCCUCGACCUCGAGACCACCGAAAACUUUGUCAAGGUCUGGGCUGAGCUCGAGAAGCUUGUCGACGAGGGCAUCGUAAAGAACAUUGGUAUCUCGAACUUUUCCAUUCGCCGCACCAAAGAACUCCUCAAGUCGUGUCGCAUCAAGCCAGUCGUCAACCAGGUAGAGCUUUCCUUCACCUUCCCGCAGCCCGAACUGGUCGGCUGGCUCAAGAAGCAAGACAUCCUUCCCCAGGCUUACUCGCCUCUAGGCUCCACUGGUGCAAGCCAGGCUUCUCUCAGCGUCGUCGACGAGAUCGCCAAGAAACACGGUGUUCAGGGUGCCAAUGUUCUCAUUUCGUGGCAGGUUGCUCGUGGCUGCAACCCCCUGCCCAAGUCGGUCACCCCUGCUCGUAUCGAGAACAACAUUAAGCUCAUCGACCUCUCCGCUGAGGAGCUCGAUCAGCUCGAGAAGGGCGCUCUCGCACAGACUCCCAAGAAGGUCUGCGACCAGUCUGACCUCGUCGUCCCCUCGUACGACAUUUUCGAGGCCAACAACCCCACCAACAACGACAAGGUGCAGGCUGCUCAGGACUAA